AUGUGCGCAUUCCGGCCCAUCCCUUCCCCAUGGUGCGCCUUCCGCCCAUGCCUUCCCCAUGUGCGCAUUCCGCCCCCAUCCCUUCCCCAUGUGCGCAUUCCGCCCCCAUCCCUUCCCCAUGUGCUCAUUCCGCCCCCAUCCCUUCUCCGUGUGCGCAUUCCGCCCCCAUCCCUUCCUCAUGUGCGCAUUCCGCCCCCAUCCCUUCCCCUUGUGCGCAUUCCGCCCCCAUCCCUUCCCCAUGUGCGCAUUCCGCCCCCAUCCCUUCCCCUUGUGCGCAUUCCGCCCCCAUCCCUUCCCCAUGUGCGCAUUCCGCCCCCAUCCUUUUCCCAUGUGCGCAUACAAGGUCCAACUUGGGGCCCAUGCGCGCCUUCAUCCCCAUGCCACACAUCCCGCCCCCAUGCACGAGUCAAAUACCAAAAUCCAUAUCUACUCCCUUCUGUCUCAUCUGUACUAACCUGUCAUGUCACCCCUUUUCCCCCCGCCUCUUCCAACCCGCUCCUAUUCCGCGCCCCUCCUCUGCGCCCCUCCCCCGCGCCCGUCCUCCGCGCCCCUUCUUCCGCGUCUAUCUCUGAACAGGAGAACGGCGCAGAAGGGGGGAAUAAAGGAGAGGGGGAGAGCAGCAGCGGCAGCAGCAUGGAGGCGAGCUGGUGGAAGAAGGAUGUGACGCUGUCUCUGCUGGGGCCUGCCCUGGGCCACGGGGAGGUGCAGUGCCUCGACCCCCCUGCCUGCUCGCACCUCCGCAUCUCCUACCGCCUGUGGGAUGCGGGGACAUACAGUGCAACACUCCACGUGGGUUGCGCCAAUCUCAACUUCUCACCGGCCUUUGCCGCCCAUUUCAACUCCACCUACCGCCAUGACCUUGCCACGUGGAGCCUCUCCAUUGGCUGGCCAGAAUCAGCACGCAGUGGCAAGUACAUCUGGGCCUUCUUCCCAUGCGCACCAGCAGCGUCACCUCCCAGCCGUUGGAUCGAGCAGCUGGCAAGCAGGGGAAUCCGCGAGAUUAACAUAGUGGGCGAUUCCCACCAGCGGGUGCUGGCGCUGCACCUGCACUGGCUGCUGUCGGGGGAGGCGGACAAGCGGAUUCGAAAGGGACAUUUAGACUUCAGCAAGGAGUCGCGGAAUGAGAGGAACGAGACGAUGAGGAUCAACUUCUACUGGGUGGAUGGGAUUUACCGGAAUGAUGAGUUUGGAUGCAGUCAUCGGGGAAUCUACACCCAUCGCAACACCGCAUUCCCAACCAACGUAUCCACCACAGCUGACGUUACCCUUCUAGAAGCAGGCUACUGGAUGAACAAGUGGUGCACAGAGCCAGUCCAAGCCAUGCGAGCCCACCUCCCAGAGUACCUCAAUUGGGGAUUGCAGUUCGCCGCCCAAACCGGGAAGCCAAUAGUGUUGCGCACGGCGCCUCCAGUGCCGAACGGGGGCGAUCAUUGCUUCGUGGGAUCGUAUCCCGGGCCAGCUACGAACCUGGCACUUAUGGAGAUCAAUCGGUUGAUGCGUCAACUUACAGCGGGUGGUAAGGUAUAUGGUGGAGGUGCUAAUGGGUUAGGUAAGAAAAGAGCAGAUAGUGCAAAUGAAACAGGUUACAGCGAAGCUGAUGCGGACCCAGCUGAACCAUGGGACGACGCGUCAAUAUCGAGAGCCUUUACUGUGGAUGAGAUGAGGCAGGUCUCGACGGUGCCGGUGUUUGAUUCGUGGAAGAUCGAGGCUCCUCGAUUUGUCAAAUCGUGA